CUACCGCUCCUUAUCUCUCUCUCUCUCCCUCUCUUCUAAUCUCUCUCUUUAUAUAUAUUGAGAGGCAAAGUAGAUUAAAGAAAUAAAUAUAAAGUUCUACAACAAUACAAAAGAAAAAAAAAGAAGAAGAAAUUAUAUGUCUCUCCUCAAUUCCUCUAAACCUAUGGAUUCUUCACCAACUCACAGUGACCGUGCCCAAAAUGUUUCAAAAGAAUGUGACUCCAUGGUCCCGUCCACCACCAAGCAUGCUUCUUCUCGCCGGACACCGUCCUUAUCCUCCUCCUCCUCCUUCUCGUCAUGUUCAUCUUCGAAUUUUCGUGAUGAGUCCCCACUUAGUCCGGCUACCCCUCUUAGGUUUUCAGGAGUUCCGUUUUCUUGGGAACAUUUGCCUGGAAUUCCCAAGAAAUCAAGUCACAAGAAGAAGGACACAGCAUUAACGAAGGUACUUCCAUUGCCUCCUCCUGCCAUGCCUCAGUGCUCCAAACGGUUCAGUGAGAGUUUUGGAAACAGGGAUCCAUUUUUUGCUGCAUUAGUUGCGUGUUCAAAGGACGACAGUGAUGACAAUGAAUCCGGUAGUAAUCUCUGGAGUGGUGCUAAGGUGUCGAGAAGCAUCAGUGACAGGUUUGGUUUUAUAAACCUUUACACUUCCUGUAAAAGAACUUGUGCUGUUUCUGAGUCUAUAGUGUACCUUCCAAGAUCAAACAGAACAUCUUAUGAUCUAAUCACUCGCCGUUCACGCUAAACCCAUCAUCAUUAUCAAUGUUCAUCUUCUGGGAUUUGUGUUCAUGUUCUGAAUUAUAUAUAAAAGGGUAUUUAUAUUUUCAGCUUUGUUUCUUGUUUUUCUUCUUGGGUUUCUUUUUCUUGAUAUGGAGGGCAAACUAAUGUACCCUAAACCAUAUAAGUUACUGUAAUAUGUUAAUAUGACUUUUGGGGGAAAAAAAAGAGAGAUUCAAGAUUGGUAGUCUGUUUUUUGUGAAAUUAGUGAAUAGAACUGUUUUAAGUUGCACAGUGGAUGUUUUAUGUUACAGAAACGAUUUUGUAUUAUGCAUAUUUGCUGUAUUUCAUGUGAUGGGAAAUGGAAGAACAUGAUGAGUGAAGCUUACAUUAACCCAUGUGGGAGCAAGCAGCUACUGGACCACUGAGGACAAGGACAGCUUAAUUCACCUUUGUUUAGUAGUAUAAAAAAGUUUAUUUAAUUUUUAGAGGUGGGAAAUUCCAUAUAUUUAUUUAUAUUUCCAAGUUUGACACUUUGCAUUA